AUGCGCUUGCAGGAGGAAUCUCAUCAGGGGCCCAGCCCGGCGCCAGACAAAAUCGACCUCGAAGCAUCAAAACCACCAGCGCUCGAGCAACCCCAAGACCGCGACCCGGACCUGGCAACACGGAGCAGCGAGACCGACCCAGAAAACCCCAAAAACUGGCCCAAGAGCACAAAGUGGAAGAAUACAUGGACGAUCUCCCUAUUCGUCUUUAUCUCCCCAAUCUCCUCGUCAAUGAUUGCUCCCGCAAUGCAAGACCUUGGCGAAGCACUAGAUAUGCGCAGCGAUUUCGAAGUCUACCUCUCUAUGGCUAUAUUCAUUCUUGCCUACGCCAUAGGACCGAUCUUCUUUGGCCCGGCCUCGGAACUCUAUGGACGUGUUCGGCUGCUGCAAGUGAGUAACCUGUGGUAUACAGCGUGGAACCUAGGCUGUGGAUUCGCGCAGACGAAGAGGCAGCUGUUUGCGUUCAGAUUCCUCGCGGGGAUUGGAGGGAGUGCGCCGCUGGCCAUAGGAGGGGGUGCUAUUAGCGACAUGUGGACCGCCGAAGAACGCGGCAAGGCCAUGGGCGUGUACACGCUCGGUCCACUCCUCGGACCCGUUAUCGGCCCCAUUGCCGGUGGGUUCAUCGCACAGUACUCGACGUGGCGAUGGAUAUUUUGGUCGACGUCUGCGGCGGCGGUUGUGGUGCAGGUUAUCGGCUUUGUAUGCCUGCGCGAAUGCCAUCCGGGCACGAUCCUUCGCAGACGGUGUGAACGUCUUGCCAAGGAGAUGGGAAACCUGAAUCCGCACACGGAGGAGAGACUUCAGGCCCUCAUGACCAAGCUCCUACAUGCUUUCGCCCGGCCGAUCUUGCUUUUCACAACGCAGCCGAUUGUGUUUGCUAUGGCCCUGUACAUGGCCUACCUCUUUGGGACGACGUAUCUCAUGUUUGCGACGUUUCCGGAGAUCUGGACUGAGGUCUAUAACGAGACACCCAGUAUAGCCGGGUUGAAUUACCUCUCCAUCGCGAUAGGCUCUUUCGUCGGCCUCGUUAUGCAACUAAAACUCAUCGACAGGAUAUACCACGCCCUGAAGAGAAGGAACAACGGUAUCGCAACGCCCGAGUUCCGAAUGCCAUUGCUGUUUAUCGGCUCUGUCCUUGGCACAAUCGGUCUCUUCUGGUACGCCUGGAGUAUUGGGCGAACACACUGGAUUAUGCCGAAUAUCGGCGCUUUCAUCUACACAGCGGGAACGAUCUCCUGCUUACAGGGGAUGCAGACAUAUAUUGUCGAUAGCUACCAGACUUACGCGGCGAGUGCACUGGCGGCGUGUGCGGUACUGAGAAGCCUGGCCGGAUUUGGGUUUCCGCUUUUUGCGCCGUAUAUGUAUGACUCUCUGGGGUAUGCGUGGGGAACCAGCGUUUUAGCUUUGGUUACGGUUGCGAUUGGGUGGACUGCGCCGGUCGGCUUUUGGGUGUUUGGGGAAAGGCUAAGAGGUGUUUCGAGGUUCGCUGCUGGAUAG